AUAAUUGGAGAUAUUUAAGGCGGUACUGCGGUUGGGAGGUAAACUAUUCGAGUGUUUCUCGCCACAUCAGCCAUGAAGUACAUCGUUCCGGUGCUUUUCCUCGUAGCAUUUGCUUGGGGUGACGACGCCACAUUGGACAAAUUUCCAAAGCUCUUCGAUGUCGACGAGAUUACAAGUGCGAUUAAAGAAGAAUGCGAUACCAACGGCGGCAAGGGUACUUACGAUAAGUUAGUGACUGCCAUCAACGAUAUGACAGCAUUCAUCCAGACUAACUUCGACCAAAAGCAAAUUGCACAAGAAGUGGAGGACUCGAGCAAAACAGGAGAACUGGAUGAUGUCAUCAAGAAGUACUGCCAGCUACGUUCCAAAUCCCUCGAGAAAGUCCACAAGUUGAUUGAUGCCGGUAUCAAUUGUGUUGUAGAGGAAGACAGGUCGUCUAUAAAACUUGCCGCAAACAUCACUGAAAGUCUGAUGACUUUUGCCUGCGACAAAGACGGGGAGCGAGUAGCACUGUUCGUCGCGGAAGAUGGCUUCGCAUGUCUGAGCGAAAAGUCCAGCGAGUUGGAGAAAUGCGCAGAGGGCGCAGUCGGUGAUAAAAUUCAAAAGAACAAAAUACCGAAGCUUUCCAUUCAAAAGCAGGAAUGCGAUGAAGUCAAAGAGUUCCAAGCCUGUGUCGUGAAAUCAAUGUCAUCGUGCAAAAAGGAUAUGCCAUCAGAGAUAAUCGAUGCUCUAUUCAACCACAUUUACAGCUUGUCUCCAUGUCCUAAUUUGGCGUAGUUCGCAGUUUGCUGAAAUGCAAUUAUUAUAGUGAUAGAAUUAUAAAUAAAUUACUUUGUCUAU